UUUUCCAAAUUUUACUAAAACAGAGCCCUUAUUCCUUCCUAACUGCUUCAUAAAUGGCAGCACCAUCAGAAAGUCUAACCAGCAACCAUGACUAAAAGAUACUGUAGCAGGUUGAGGAGAUAGAAAGAAAUGGAAGCUCACAAUGUGUGUGUUAAUCCACGGUGCAAUAGCCUAUUCCUCAUCCUCCUUGCAUUCGCUUCGAUUACUUCUUUCGCCAAUGCGGAAAUUCACUUCCACGAGUUUGUUGUUCAAGCGACACAAGUGAAGAGGUUAUGCAGAACCCAUGAAAUUAUUACAGUGAAUGGCCAAUAUCCAGGACCAACACUUGAAGUACGAGACGGCGAUUCUCUUGUUAUCAAAGUUACGAACAGCGCGCGUUACAAUGUCACCAUCCACUGGCACGGAGUACGACAGAGAGGAACGCCUUGGGCAGAUGGCCCCGAGUACGUGACCCAGUGUCCGAUCCAACCGGGAGGCACCUACACAUAUCGUUUCACCAUUCAAAAUCAGGACGGAACACUCUGGUGGCAUGCUCAUAGCAAAUGGCUUAGAGCUACUGUUUUUGGAGCACUAAUCAUCUAUCCCAAGUUGGGUACCUCAUACCCUUUCCCGACGCCGAAGCUGGAGAUCCCCAUUCUCCUGGGUGAAUGGUGGAACAAGGACCCCAUUGAUGUUCUAAGACAGGCAACUUUCACAGGUGCAGGUCCAGCUGUUUCCGAUGCGUACACCAUAAAUGGUCAACCUGGUGAUCUAUACAGAUGUUCCAGCCAAGAUACUGUGAAAUUUUUUGUGGAAUCUGGUGAUAUAGUUCAUCUUAGAAUAAUUAAUGCCGCUCUCAAUCAACAACUCUUCUUCAUGGUAGCCAACCACAUACUCACCGUAGUUGGUGCUGAUGCCGCCUACACCAAACCUUUCACAACCAGAACCCUCAUGCUGGGACCUGGCCAGACAACCAAUGUCCUCCUCACCGCCGAUCAGACCCCCGGACGCUACUACAUGGCAGCACGUGCCUAUGCCAGUGCCCAAAAUGUACCGUUUGACAACACCACCGCCACUGCAGUCCUUGAGUAUAUAUCCACCCCUUGCAAACCCAACCAAGGGUUUCCUUCAAUGCCAAUGUUACCACUAUUACCGGCCUACAAUGAUACAGCCACUGUGACUGCAUUCCUAGCCAAGUUUAGGAGUCCUGCUACUUCUAAUGUGAAAGUGCCCGCAGGGAUUGACGAAAACCUAUUUUUCACAGUGGGGCUAGGGCUUGUCAACUGCAACCCUGGUCCUCAAUGUCAAGGGCCAAAUAAUACCCGUUUUGCCGCUAGUAUGAACAAUGUGUCUUUUGUAUUCCCAACACAAGCUUCCUUGCUCCAAGCCUACUACCAAGGUAUACCUGGGGUCUUCACGACAGACUUCCCAGCUGUUCCACCGAUUGCGUUUGACUAUACGGGCAAUGUUAGUCGUGCAUUGUGGCAACCUAUAUUUGGGACAAAGCUCUACAAAGUUAAAUAUGGUGCGAAAGUACAAAUCGUGCUUCAAGAUACAGCUAUCUCCUCAACAGAGGCCCACCCCGUCCAUCUUCAUGGAUACCAGUUCUAUAUUGUUGGACAAGGCUUUGGUAACUUUGACCCAACACAAGAUACUGCCAAUUUCAACCUCAUUGAUCCGCCAAACAGAAAUACCGUUGUCGUUCCUGUUGGUGGGUGGGCAGCCAUCCGAUUUUUGGCUGAUAAUCCAGGAGUUUGGCUGAUGCACUGUCAUAUAGAUGCUCAUCUCACUUGGGGUUUCGCCAUGGCAUUUAUAGUCGAGAACGGAGAAGGGGAAUUGCAGUCCUUUGAACCUCCUCCAGAAGAUCUUCCUCAAUGCUAAGAUCAUCACCAGAAAACAACCAAUGGCAACAGAGAUGCAGUUUUCAACUAGUCCUAAUGUGAUUCCUGGAUUCGAUAUCUUGGCCUUUUUCUAACCCAGAGCUUAACUUAGCUUGAUUUUAAAGCAGAAGUCUAGCAGGCCUGGCUCAAAUGCUAAAUAUUUCAAUCCAGGAAUGAGUUGGAAUCCAAAUUAGUAAGUAGUCAAAUCUGUUUUAACCUGGCAUUCUGCUACCGUAAGCUCAACUAAGGGGGUGGUUGGGAGUUAAUUAUUGCUUCGAUUUUUUAUUGACAGAGCUCAAUAGAAAAAAAAGAUUUAUAUAGCUGACCCCAAUUGAUUGAAACUUAAGACUCGGUUUGGUAUCGUAGAUUAUAGAUAUUUUUGUUAUGAUGAGAUUUUGUAAAAGUGUCUUUGGAUAAAUGUGCAUAAUUGACUUUGUGGAAGCGUUUGUGAGCAGAAGAAAACCAUAAUCCAAAAAGUUGCUCUGGAGGUGAUUUUUACU